ACUACGAAGUAAUUCGUCGUGUGUCCUGGCCUAACUACUUCUUCACCAGUGGGUGUUUAUAAGCAGCACUGGAAGGAUGCUCUUGAAGUCUUUGCUCAAGUUCCUGGUGACUUCCAUAAGAAAAGUUCCUAGAAGCAGAGGUCAGGCCUAUUUUGAGACUCGCCACACAUGCUGCCAAGUAGCUUUCCAGAAACAUAUACUGAUUUCACCCUCUCCAGCUUCAGCGAAGAGCCUGGUGAUUCUGCACGCACGGCAUACUUUGCCUGGGGGAGGGGCUCUCGUCCAUCCAAAGGCUCCAGGCAGUCCUGACAAUGGACCCCUUGUCCUGCCCACCCCAUCCCCUCUUCCCACACUGGCCUCCAUUCCUGGCUCUAGGCUGUGCUGUGUGCACGAGGUCUCUGUUCAGAUCUGUCCUGCUGUUUGGCACUCUGGGCUACCUCCCAGAGCAGGACUCUGAAGAGCUGAGGGGCUCUGAAGCUGCUCAUGAAUCCCCGAAAGAAAGUGGACUUGAAACUUAUCAUCGUUGGCGCUCUUGGUGUGGGAAAGACCUCUCUCCUUCACCAAUAUGUACACAAAACAUUUUUUGAGGAAUACCAGACCACACUGGGGGCCAGCAUCCUCUCCAAAAUUAUCAUACUGGAUGACACAACUUUGAAGCUCCAGAUCUGGGACACAGGUGGUCAAGAGCGGUUCCGCUCCAUGGUAUCAACGUUCUACAAAGGUUCCGAUGGCUGUAUCCUGGCGUUCGAUGUCACUGAUCCAGAGUCCUUUGAAGCCCUGGGUAUCUGGAGGGAUGACGUCCUGGCAAAGAUCAUCCCCAUGGAGCGGUCAUACCCCAUGGUGGUGCUUGGGAACAAAAUCGAUCUGGAAGACAGGAAGGUGUCCCAGGAGGUGGCCCAUGGAUGGUGUAAAGAGAAGGACAUGCCUUACUUUGAAGUUAGUGCCAAGAAUGACAUCAAUGUGGUACAAGCUUUUGAGGUUCUGGCCAGCCGGGCACUCUUGAGGUACCAAGGCACCGUAGAGAAUCACCUUGUGGACUCUAUCAAGCUCUCGCCAGGCCAGCCAAAGAGCAGGUGCUGCUGACUCCUGGACUCGUCCUUCAGACUCCUACCCGCAGCUGUGUGCAGACCACUCACUCCAAGCUCAACCCCACCAGUCCCCGGCGUGCCCCUACCAAGCCAGGAGGGCAGCAGGAGAGAGUGUCCCAGGCAAAUCCUGGCCCCAGAGAAGGCGCCACAGGAGUCUCGAUGGCUCAUACCUUCUGCCUCCCCUCCCCUGACACAGUCCUGCUCAUCUCUGCAGACAGGCUGCUCCCUUGAGCGCUGCGGACCUAUAGCUUCGGAUGACGCUGACAGUGUGGCUCUGCUUCAGCCAGGCGGAGGAGCCAGGACAUGGACCACUCACUCCUCCUGACAGGCAGAAGCCAACAGGCCUGAGACCUCCUGCGGCUUCUUCCAGGAAGAAGUGAGGAAGCAAGACGGGAAGCUGUUGUUCCUGCCUCCCAGGUGCUCAAACAGCUCCCAUAACUGACCAGGCCUCAGUGUGCCCAUCUGCCAGAUCAGCGGUCCCAAAGUCCCCCGUAUCCCACUGUGGUUUGAGGACCAGACGAUGCAUCUAAGUCCCACUUGCUGCUGCAGACACACAUGUUGACUUCUUCAGCAAGUGUUUUUGAUGCCUUCUCUGUACAUGGCACUGAGGACACUGAUAACACAUGUCCUUUUCUCCCAAAGGACAUCUGGAGAAAGAGAGGCAGCAGGCACGAAGCAGAACAGAUGACCGCAAUGAGGUGCUGUUUCAGACAAAGGGGUGCAAGGGGGCUUUCCUGUGGAGGUGACAGUUGGGCUCACAGCUACAGGAUGGGCUACAGGAAGGGCACGUUAGGAGAGGGAGCAGCGAGGCCAAGGCCUGGGGCGACGGACAGCUUGCUAUAUUCCUGAGGACUCAAAGUUGCUGUCCAGGGAAAUCCUGCCCCCAGAGGGCACCGUGAUGAUUUGGUGACUGACCACCAGGGGGCAGACGUGUCCUCUGCUUCCAGGCUGUGGCCUUUGUUCUGAGGACACUGGAAAAGCUGGUUGUUUCUGUCAAGUAGGCAGUUGAGGCUUGUUCCCAGGCUCCGGGUAUGUUGAACCUGGGCUGUUGGGUAAGAAUUCAAGUGUCCUGGGUAAAAACUUCAGGAUCCUUGAUUCAGGCGACAAAGCAAAACCAGAGACAAGUCCCAGGGCGACGUACCUAGAGAGCAUAUGGAUUCUGUGGCCCACGUUUCCAGGAUAUAACCUUCUUUUUCUCCUGGCUUCAGCAGCACAGAUAGGGUGGCCCAGUCUGAAGGAGGUGGACAGGAUGAACUUUCAGGGUCUUCCAUGGUCAGGUUCUCGCCUCAUGCCUACUGCAGACAUUCCCUGUCUCCACAGGAGUCUCCUUUCCUGAGUCCUAAGCAGAUCUGAGGUGUUAAUCUGAACCUGUAGGAAGAAGCACCUGACUGGUGCUCAAGGCACUAACCAGGGGACUCGAGGACCCCGUCUGCCCCCAGCCUAGCUCUGAAGUAGGAAGCAAACCGCCAUGGGCAGCAGCCACAGGAACAGAGUGCAUCCCUAGCAGACCACUGUCUGUGUCCUUCAGAGGUGAACGCUAUGCACUGCUCUCUCUCUCUCUCUCUCUCUCUCUCUCUCUCUCUCUCUCUCUCUCUCUCUCUCACACACACACACACACACACACACACACACACACACACACGCAUGGCUCUCCUGGGAGUCAGACUGUGAAGGGAUGUGUGGUGUGUGGGUGUGCAUCAACGUUAGCAUCACAAUGAACGUAUGGACCGUAUCUAAAUGUACAAACAACUAAUAAGCACCUCCUUUGUUUUCAUCCUUUGUAGAACAAUGACAGUCCCUUCUCGGUCUGUGGUGGCUGUCUCAGUUACCCACGGCCAACUGUGAACCAAAAAUAUUAAACAGCAAAUUUCAGAAAUAAAUAACUCACGACUUUCACAUCACAUGUCCUUUGGAGUAGUGUGACGAAUGCCUGUGCCGUUCUGCCCGGGCCAGUCAUCCUUCUAUUCAGUGUGUCCACGGUGUAUGUGCUACCCACCAUACUACCCAGGCCAGUCAUCCCUCUAUUCAGUGUGCCCACGGUGUAUGUGCUACCCACCAUACUACCCAGGCCAGUCAUCCCUCUAUUCAGUGUGCCCACGGUGUAUGUGCUACCCACCAUACUACCCAGGCCAGUCAUCCUUCUAUUCAGUGUGCCCACGGUGUAUGUGCUACCCACCAUACUACCCAGGCCAGUCACCCCUCUAUUCAGUGUGUCCACGGUGUAUGUGCUACCCACCAUACUACCCAGGCCGGUCAUCCCUCUAUUCAGUGUGUCCACGGUGUAUGUGCUACCCACCCACCAGUCCCUGGAGCUGUCUCAGCUGUCAUAUCAACAUUCAUCAUUUCCAAUGCCUCUGUUAAUAGGAGCCUAGAGCCAUGUCACGAUGCCCAGGUCAUUCAUCUCACUUUAUCUCAUCACACAGAUGUGGUAUCAUCCCGUCUCACCACAAAGGGACAAGGUUGAGAAUAGUACAUUAUUUUUGAAAUAUACGUCUCCAUCAUUUUUAUUAUUGUACAGACUCAGGAUCAUUUAUUUUAUUAUCAAUUGUUGUUCAUCUCUUGCUGUACCUAAUUUAUUCAUU